AUGGCGGACAUACAGCAUGAACAAGGCCAGCUCAAUUGGCGACUGAGUGCGCACCCCUUAACACUUCUCACCUUCCUUGGCUUUCGCAUAUCCUCCCUGCUCGUCUACCUCCUCGGCAUGCUAUUCACCGAGAACUUCGUCCUCAUCUUCAUUGUAACGAUCAUCCUCCUCGCGAUGGACUUCUACUACCUCAAGAACAUCGCUGGCCGACGGCUUGUUGGGCUACGGUGGUGGAAUGAGGUGGCUCAGAGCGGUGAUAGCCACUGGGUCUUCGAAAGUGCACCGCAGCCAAACGAGCCUGGCGGCAAGACUGUGACGCCUACAGACAAGAGAUUCUUUUGGAUGGCAUUAUAUGUGCAGCCUGCGUUAUGGAUCGCCCUUGCGAUUCUGGCGUUGGUCAGGCUGAGGUUUAUAUGGUUGACAUUGGUCGCGAUUGCGCUUGUGUUGACCAUCACGAACACUUUGGCGUUUUCGCGAUGCGAUAAAUUCAGCCAAGCGAGUGGACUGGUGGAAAGAGGACUUUACUCGGGAUCUUUAGCACGAAAUGUGGGCGGAGCGCUCGUAUCGCGCUUGUUCACUCGCGGGUCAUGA